UGUGUCAAAAUUCUGAGGGAAGACAAAAACUGUCCUGGCUCUACCCAGCUGGUGAAAUGGUAUGUUAAUUACAAUGCAUAUAUAGCACUUACAUAGCAUAUCAAUUCUGAAAGACACCUUUCUGGCUGUUUGCAAAUCCAAAGGAAAAAUCACCCUUGCUGUGAGUGAACAGCUGCCCAGGCAGCGCUUUUAGUGCAUUGUAUUUACAAUGUUGACAAUUUUUUUUGUAAUGGAAAAUCAAGUUGUGUGUGUCUUGGUAAAGAUCUGAUUGACUUGUACAGUUGUGUUUAAAAGAGCACAAAGUUUUGUUUACCGUGUGAUUAUACGUUACAUUUAGUUUCUGUGGGUAUGUAUAGAUGCUAAAGGUGCACAGAAAUGCAGAAAUCUAAGCAGUAGUUCCUCUCUGGUCAAAUAGGAGAUGCAGUGUUGCCAUUUUGCAUCUUGUGUUUAAUGGUCUUGCUCACAGACUUGUAUAAGAAAGUGGUACUGCUGGCCUUUAUAUUCAAAGGCAGAGUUGUAUCUGCAGAUGACAGUCCGUCCACUUGCACGUUCACACAGUUGAGUGUAAGCGUGUCGCUUGGGACUAGAGGUAUUUUGAUUUUCCUUGUGUCCACAAUACUGCAAGGUUUGCUCGUGGGUGCUCUCGUUCUUUUUGUUACCUCUGUAAAGGCCGUCUUUGUUCUUUUCACAGUUUUACCAGUUGUAGCAGGAGGCGAGGCACUGGAAAUGGUGCUGCAUUCGGCAGAGGGGGGUUGCAGCUGCUCUCGUUGUGAAGUGUUGAGAGUUCCGAUGUUGAAGUGUAAUUAGUCAUCUGCUCUUGGUCCGUGUGCCGUCAGGAAGGGGGCGGGCAGGAAGGCUUCCUGACUGUAACCUGGAAUUUCUGAAUUGAUCUCCUGUGGUAGAGGAAACUCAAGUGGUGCCGAGUGAGUUUCACCUUACCCUCACUCAUCAGAUGUUAGCGAGGGCAGUGGCGUGGCAGCCUGUGGAUGCUGACAAGGAAAAGCUCCCUGGUUUUUGUGUGAAGGGUGUGUGCUACCUGUUUGGAGUUUACAAGAUGUUAGGAUGCUAUGAUGCUUUGCAGAAGAAAUACGUCUACACCCAUCCAGAAGAUCCUCAGACAAUUACAGAAUGUUACCACUUCAAAUUCAAGUACACCCACAAUGGGCCACUCCUGGAUUUCAGCAGUAAGGAUAAAAGGAAUGAUUCCACAAUCACCUGUGCAGACACCAAGAAAGCAAGUAUCCUCCUCAUUCGCAAGAUUUAUGUUCUGAUGCAAAACCUGAGUCCGUUACCAAAUGAUGUCUGCCUCACUAUGAAGCUGUUUUAUUAUGAUGAAGUGACACCAUCUGAUUACCAACCUCCUGGUUUUAAAGAGGGUGAAUGUGAGGGGAUGAUAUUUGAGGGGGAGCCUAUGUAUCUCAAUGUGGGUGAAGUGCCAACGCCUUUUCAUAUGCUGAAAGUUAAAGUUACAACUGAAAAGCAACGAAUGGAAAAUGUUGAUAAAAGCAUCCUAAAGCAUGGAGAGACUAAUGUGCCUCUCCAGGUGCUCCAAGUGGACAGAGAUGAUCCAGAAGUAGAGAACCAGGACAUGAAUGAAGAUCCUGUCUUGGAUAAUAAAGUGGAAGAUAGGAAUAAAGUAAAUACUUCAGAUGCUCAAGAACCAAAUUUACCUUGUGAAGAGGAUGAUGUUGUGAAGGCUGGAGGGAACCAGAAUCUGUAUGUUUCUAAUCCUCAGGUUGAUCAUUUGGCAAGUAAGACGUCCGAACUUAAUGUGUCAGAGAGCAGGACAAGAAGUGGAAAGAUAUUUCAAACCAGCACUGUUCAUCACCUUGAACUGUCGUCUAGUCAGGAUGUGCUGCCAAAAAGGAGAAAGAUCAGUGAACCGAAGGAGCUGUUUUAGAUGCUCAUCCCCGUGCUGUUCGUUUGCAGAGCUCUCCACGCCACUUCAGUUUUGUGGUUUAAUGUGAAUGUUUGUAUUUAAAUGUCUUUUAGGGGUCUUUUCCGUUCUAUUUGUAGUCAAAAGGGAGUGUAUUUUAAGGAAAGAAAAUCUGUCGGGAAGUCCAGCUGAGGAAAGGGAACUUAGUUUUUGUAGGCGGUCGUGUCCCAUCAGGAAGGAGAGCGGCAUAGCUGAGGGAACCUGGUAACAAAGGUGACUUGGGGGAUUUGACUCCCUGCGCCGCUGUGUUUAAAUCCCGAUGGUGAUCGUGUACCGUUCAUUACCCGCAACAUGAGGUAAUGUCGGGCUGUUCCAGAGCGGAGGAGCUCCUUUGUCCGGAACCUGCCCUGCAGGGCACGACGCGUCCCAGACCUGGGUCGAUCCCAGAGCUUCGCGGAGCAGGUUCAGGGGGGCUGCCUUGGCCGGCACGGCAAGGUUACGUGUUUUUGUUUCUGCUUCCGGGAUAGGUAGGGGGCUUGAUUCUUUGCAUUUCUUCUGGACUGAAGGCACCAAAGUGAAAAAAUAAGGGUUCCUCACACCUUCAAUUACAUAUUUCAUGCCAAAAUGCACGACUUUCUGUAGGGCUGUGAUGAGACAUGUAACUCCAACUGAAGUGUUCAUCUGUGGCAGGCAGCUAAUAUAAUGGUGUGAGAUUAUUUAAAGAAGAAACUUGUACGUAUGUAAAAUAAUUAAUUGCGGAGGUUGGAUGUGGUGCCAUUUCUAAGAAAAACGUUAAGUCUUCCUGUGCCAUAAAUGCAGGGGAGCGUUCCUGCACGGCGAGCAGCUGCUGCCAUCUUUAGGUGGGGAGAGCUGAGCCUUUCUUGGCAGUUUUGACUUUUAAAUUAAGAAUGUAUUUUUAUCAUUCCUCAAGUAAAACAACGUUA